CCAGUCCCAGCUCGACUCUGAGCAAAGUCGGUUGUAGCCGCGCUUAAAAUACUUUCCGCAACAAUCCGUAGAGAGAGAACUGAUUCCAUUUUAUUUGUACUUUUUUAUUAUUUUGCUCCUCCUGCCCUCCUUUGACCAACAACGCAAACAAAAUGCGUCGCGCAGACGCUUUUGCCGUCACGGUUUGUACGAUUUUGGCCCUGUUGCAAACGAUGGAACCGGUAAAGGCCGAGGGUAAAUACACCAUUGUGGGUCCCGGAACCAUCCACUCCAACCGGGAUUACAAUGUGGCAGUGGCUGUUCACCAGACCAAGGAGCCCGUCACGCUAAAAGUGGGAAUCACAGGGCCCUCGUACAACGAAACCCAAGACGUGGAGCUGGCCAGUUCCGAUGAGUUCAAGCAGAUCACAUUCAAACUACCGCCCCUGGAGUCGGGUGACUAUAAUCUCACGGCCGAGGGUGUCAAGGGACUGGAGUUUAAGAACACCACCAAGUUGUCAUGGGAGAGUUUCAGGCCCUAUAUCAAAAUCCAGACCGAUAAGGGCAAGUACAAGCCCGGCGAUACGAUCAACUACCGUGUGAUCUUCCUCAACGAGAACCUGCUCCCAGAAACGGCCGAGGAUGAAGUGGUUGUGUGGUUCGAGGACUCCAAGAGGAAUCGCAUCAAGCAGGAGAAGCACAUCAAGACCACCGGUGGCGUUUACACUGGCAAAUUCGAGCUCUCCGAGUUUGCAACUCUGGGAUCGUGGUCCCUGCAGGUUCAGAAUGGCAAACAGCAGUCAAGUGGUAGCGGUCCCAAUUUCGGUCGUCGACCCUUUGGAUUCGGUCAUUCGUGGCGUCAAUCCGAUGAGAGGGUUAACUUUGAAGUGGAGAAGUACGUGCUGCCCAAAUACUCGAUCAAAAUGGAUGCUACGCAGCAGGUUUCGGUGCGAGAUGGUGAAAUAAACGUUGUCCUUAAGGCCAACUAUACUUACGGAAAACCUGUGAAUGGCAAGGUCUUGGUCAAUGUCCACCUGGAAGAGACGAGCGUCUGGGAGAAUGUGGAUGGCAAGACCGUGCGCCAUGACUUCCCCGGACACUCGGUUAUCGGCACCGCCGACAUGGUCAGUGGCAAGGCCAAGCUGACCAUGGAUCUCAAGGAGUUUGCCAGUUUUCUGCCGCACAAGACCUCAUCAUCAUAUGCCCAAAUUACGGCCACCGUGGAGGAGGACUUCACCGGUGUGAAGCUCAACGAAACGGGUGGCAUCCAAUUGUAUCCCUAUCGCUAUGAGAUGUCCUGCACGGACUACUCCACUUGCUUCUCGUUCAAACCCGACAAGGAAAACGAAAUAGCCUUCAAGAUAACAUUCGUCGAUGGCUCUCUGGUUACGGACACCAAGUCGGUGGUGAAGGCCAAGUUUACUGAGGGAAUUCGACGCAAUUACGGUUUCUAUGGUUUUGGCGAUGAACACAAGGAGCCGGAACUGCCCAAGAUUGAGAAGAAAACGUUCGUGUUUGAGAGCCAUUUGAACGAUUCGAGUGUGGCGGUCUUUAAAGUAACUCUACCCGAUUUGCCGGACAUAGCCAACUUCACGCGUUACUAUAGCAUUGAGCUGGAGUUUGUGGACGAAAAGCGCGAGCUCUACACCACCUACCCCUAUAGGGAGCCAAAGAAGAUUGAGAAUCCCAGCACCGACGAGGAAGAAAAGGAGUGGUUCAAGGCCGAAGUGCAGAGGCCCAAGGACACCUGGAGCCUAAAGAUCGGUCAGGAGUAUCAGGUAACCCUCAACUCGAGUCGUCCGCUCAAAUACUUUGUCUACAACAUUGUGGGACGCGGAAACAUCCUGGAAACCAAGCGAGUUGAGCUGGCCGAACCCCAAAACACCGUCAACAUCACCUUGAAGCCCACUUUCCUAACUGCUCCCCAUGGUCGUGUGUACUUCUACUAUGUGGAUGAGACCGGAGAAUUCCGAUAUGCCGAGGAAACCUUUAGCGUGGAGGUGGAGCUGCAAAACAAGAUCGAAAUCAAGGGUCCCGAGGAGGUGAAACCAGGGGCCGAUGUUGAACUGGAGAUCAAGACACCGGCAAAGUCCUUCGUUGGCCUGCUGGCCGUCGACCAGAGUGUACUCCUCCUGGGCAACAACAACGACUUGAACAAGGACUCCUUCAACUGGCGUUUGAAUGGAUACGAUACAUCUACUCCCUGGCAGGGUGGCUACUCCUACUUUCCCGGAGAACGAACUGGCGUGGUGACCAUGACCAAUGCCUAUUUCUUCUAUAAUCUCACCGCUCCCGUCUCCUAUACACAAAGCGCAGGUUUUGGCGGUGGUGCCCUGUUCGCCAUGAGAAAAACAGCAGUGGCCCACGAUAGUCCAGUAUUCCACUCAACGACCGCCGCCCUGGGAGCUGCAGCUCCUCAAGCCAUAGGAUUCGCCGCCGAGGCAGGAUCUGCAGCUGCACCUGCUGUGCGAAAGAAUUUUGCGGAGACUUGGAUUUUCGCCGAUAUUGAGAGCACGGAGGAGGAGGUCUUCAAGUGGGUAAAGACCAUACCCGAUACGAUCACCAGCUGGGUGGUUACCGGCUUUUCGCUGCAUCCCCAGAAGGGAUUGGGUGUCACGGAUGAGAAGACCAACAUCAAGACCUUCCAACCGUUCUUCGUCUCCGUCCGGCUGCCCUUCUCCGUGAAACGCGGUGAGGUGAUCAGUGUGCCGGCUUUGGUCUUUAACUAUCUGCCCAAGAUACUGGACGUGGAACUGACCCUGGAUAAUGAGGAUGGCGAGUACGACUUUGUGGAUGCCUCGAAUGAGGUUAUUGGCGACCAGAAGCGUUCGCAGAAAAUCCGAGUGGGUGCCAACGAAGCGGCAGGAGCCUCUUUCCUGAUCCGCCCCAAGGUGAUUGGCAACAUUCUGCUGAAAUUCACGGCCAUCUCACCGCUGGCCGGUGAUGCUGUGCACAAGGCGCUCAAGGUGAUCCCCGAGGGCAUCACCCAGUACCAGAACCGAGCGUUCUUCAUCAAUCUCAAGGAUACGGGCGAGUUCAAGAACACCUUCGAGUUGGAAGUGCCGGAGGAUGUGGUUCCCGAUUCGGAGCGCGUGGAAUUCGGUCUGGUGGGUGAUCUCCUCGGUCCGGUUGUGAAAAACCUGGAGAACCUUCUGCGAUUGCCCAGCGGUUGUGGUGAGCAGACCAUGUCCAAGCUGGUGCCCAACUAUCUGGUCCGGGAUUAUCUAAAGAGCAUUAAGAAACUGACGCCUGCUCUGGACACUCGGAUCAAGAGGAAUCUCCAGGAGGGCUAUCAGAAUAUGUUGCACUAUCGCCACGACGACGGCAGCUACAGUUCCUUUGGACCUCACAAGUGGAGGGAGGAGGAUCCGGAACGCAAUGGAUCCACCUGGCUAACUGCCUAUGUCCUGCGUUCGUUCAGCAAGAUCAAGGAUAUCGUUGAUCUGGAUGAGCAGCUCUUGGCCAAGGGCUAUGAGUUCCUGCUGACUCGCCAGGCGGAAAACGGAAGCUUUACCGAGGAGGGAGAGUACUUCUAUGGCUCCCAGCGAUCUCACCUGACCCUCACGGCCAACUCACUGUUGGCUCUGCUGGAGGAGGAGAAACCCAACCAGGCGGCCAUUGACAAGGCGGUGUCCUAUCUCAGCGCCAAUACGGCGGAUUCCGUGGAACUGUUGCCUAAGUCCAUUGCCAUCUAUGCUCUGCAAAGAGCCAAGGCCCCAGGUGCUGACAAGCAGGUGGAGAGUCUCAAGUCCCUGGCCCAAAAGGAGGACGAUCGCACUUGGUGGACCGAGGAUUUGGAGAAGCUGCGCGCCUCCAAGAACUGCGGACGCUGGUGGUGUUGGAUUUGGAGUCAGGAUGUGGAGAUCACCUCCUACGCCCUGCUCUCGCUCCUGGAAUCGGAGCAGGAGACAGCCGACACGGUUCUGAACACGGUCCGUUGGUUGGUGGCCCAGAGAAACAGCUUCGGAGGAUUUGCUUCCAGUCAGGACACGGUUGUGGGUCUCACAGCCCUGAUUAAGUUCGCCGAGAAGUCGGGCUACGAGGCGGCCAAAUGGGACGUGACCGUUUCCAACAAGGGCAAACGCGAAAAGACCGAGAAGCUGACCACAUCGGAGGAGAAUGAUCUGCUGCUCCAGACCGUUGAGUUCCCGCAGGGCACCAAGUCCCUGGAGUUCGAGGCCAAGGGCACGGGCGCUGCUCUCGUCCAGAUCAGCUAUCAGUAUAAUGUGGUGGAGAAGGAUCCGAAGCCCAGCUUUAAGGUUGAGACCACUGUCCUGCCUGAGACUUCGCCGGCCAAACUGGAGUUGAACGUUUGCGUGGACUAUGUGGAGGAGGGCAAGGCCAAGGAAUCGAACAUGGCCAUUCUGGAGGUUUCACUGCCCUCUGGAUACACUGUCGAUGAGGACACCUUCAAGGAAAUCCGGCAGAUCGAGCGUGUGCGGUUGGUGGAGACCAAGAAUGGUGACUCUGUGGUGGUUGUCUACUUCGAGAAUCUGUCCAAGAACCAGAGCAAAUGCAUUCCCAUCGAGGCCUACAGGACGCAUGCGGUGGCCAACCAGAAACCAUCCUCGGUGAUCCUCUACGAUUACUAUGACACGAACAAGAAGGCCACCGAGUACUACUCCAUUGACUCGAAGCUCUGCGAUAUUUGCGAGGGAGACGAGUGCAAGACAAAGUGCUGAAGUACCCAAACCAAAACGAACUAAUAAUGCUUUCUGUCCUUACAUCAAAUAAAAUAUUGUGAUUGUGAUACAAA